AUGACUACGUUAAAUAUCGACGAUGCGGAGGACCUUAUGGAUGUGUUGUUGAGUAAGGAAGUUUUUAAACCGAUAGAAGCACCUCUUGACGAAGAAAUGGAACAAGAUGAAGAGGAAGAAGAGCAAAGUGAUGAAGAGAUGGAAGAAGAAGAAGAGGAGGAGGAGCAAGAAGAGAUUGUAAGGCUAAUCUUGUUUUGUAUUUUUCUAUAUUUAGGCAAUGUAAAACGUCUUUUUGUAGUUAGUAAGACGUAGUUUUGAAGUUAGUUUGAAAAUAAAUUAAUAAGUCAUUUUUGUUUUAGGUAACAUUAAUGAAUUUUUUUUAAAAUUUUGGUUGGUUAGAGAUUUAAACUUUUUUUAGGUAAUAGAACAGCCAAAGCAGGAAGAACCGAAGCGAUUAAAUGGUAGAGACAGGCUGAAUCAAUGGUUAGAGAAUGUAGAAGAAGUAAGUUUUAUGUUUUCUUAGAUUAUUUUAUAUUUAGAGACUUGAUAUGAGUAAAUGGGAAGAACUGAACGUCCCAGAAGAGAUACUCUGCGCUUUGGAGUGCGAAAAGUAAGUUUUUAUUGCUGGUAUUGGAGUUUUUUAUUUUUAUGUUUAGAUGUUAAAAUAGGCAGUAAACGAUCAUAAUAUUUGUACCAUUGUAUUAGUAAUAGCUUUUUUAGCUGCUUCACAAGUUUAAAUCACAUUUAGUGUUAACAACAGUGUUAUUUUAUUAUAUGUUAAUUAUUUGUUUUCUAGACUUACUAACCCUACAAACAUCCAGCAAGAAGUUGUGCCUAUAGCUCAAAACUUUAUUGAUGUUUUUGGAGCCGCUGAAACUGGCAGUGGUAAAACUUUGGCGUUUUUGAUUCCGAUUUUGUCAAACUUGUUGAAACAACAACAAGAACAAAAGGUUGACUUCAAGAACAAAAAGUUGUUUGCAGUUAUUAUAGCUCCGACCAGAGAGUUGGUUAUGCAGAUUAACAAGGAAUUCAAAAAGUUUUCAAAGUUUACGGACUUUAAAGCCGCUGGCAUUAUUGGAGGAAUGAGUGAGGAGAAACAGAGAAGGUUGCUGAACUCGAAACCUGAUGUUAUUAUUGCUACUCCUGGACGGUUUUGGUCUUGGGUGAGCUUUUGUGUUACUGUUCGUGGUUAAAUGAGUUCUAUAAUGUUAACACACAUCAAGGCACAUGAAUCAGAUUUUUAAAAGUUUUCAAACAUCAGUUCAGUUAUUGUUUUAUGCUCAAAAGCUUUAAUAUAAUGAAGGUAUUGAUAUAGAAAUGGUGAAAUAACGACUAAUUUCAGGCAACAACACAUCCUUAUGCAGGAGACUUCUCAAAGCUGAAGAACGUUGUAAUUGAUGAGAUUGAUAGAAUGUUGGAGAAGGGUCAUUUUAAAGAAAUGAAUGAGCUUAUCGCAAAAAUUUAUGAGUAAGAUUUUAAAGCUUUAUCUAAUGUUAUCUACUAUUUUUUGUUGUAGCUUAGGAAAUGAGUUAUUUAAAGCAUCUAAUAUAAAUUCUAUUUUUUCAAAUUUAAUUUAAAAAGUAUUUUUAGACAAAAAACUGAACAAAUUCAAACUCUUGUCUUCUCAGCUACCUUAACAUUCCUUGUCUUACCUGACGUCACUAAAGCCCAGCAAACUCGUGAACUCAAGCUCAAAGAGAUUGCCAAAGCUACUCGAAUGAGGAAAAAGUACAAAGUUGUUGAUCUGACUAACGAAUUCGCAACUCCAACAACUUUAAAAGAACGGAAGAUUUGUUGCCAAAACUUAUUGGAGAAGGACAGUCGUCUCUAUUACUUGUUGAUGACCUACAAAGCAAGAACUUUGAUAUUCACGAAUAGUAUCGACGCUUCGAAGAGACUGUACACUCUGUUAUUGAAGUUAAAGCUAACGCCCACUCCAUUGUUACUACACGCGAAAAUGCAGGAACGGAAGAGAUUGCAGAAUCUGGAUAGGUUUAGUGGUAUGUUAAGGUUUUGGUCGAUUUUUGGUUGUAAUUUCAUUUUUUCUGUCGAAAAUUGCUUUAUAUUUUUUUUGACUUCGGCUGUUUUUUCAUAUUUUUGUCUGGUUGAUAUUAUACUGCAUAUUCAGAUAAAUGUUUUGUUUACCAACCAUAUUGUUUAUUACUUAUCAUGAUAAAACACAUGUUUUAGCCACCCCCAAGUCUGUUCUAAUUGCCACAGAUGUUGCUGCCAGAGGUCUGGACAUUAAAAACAUUGAAAAUGUCAUCCAUUAUCAAAUACCACGAACUGCUGAAGAUUAUAUUCAUAGAUCAGGUCGAACAGCGAGAGCCUUACAGAAUGGAAUGUCACUUUUGUUGCUAGACCCACAAGAUGUACAAAGAUACAAAAAGAUUUGUAAAAGUUUGCACAGAGAGAACGAGGUAUCCAGCUUGGAGAUGGACAAUGUCAGAAGGGUCAAGGCUAUUCAACAUAGGUGCUACUUGGCUUCACAAAUCGAAAAGUUUGAGUAUCAGUUGAGAAAGGUGAGCGAUGAUGGUAAAUAUAGUGUUAAAGUAGACUAACAGUAUUUUUUGAAUAUUUAUUAGAUUUUCUUAGGUAUAUUUAGGUCUUGGUUGAUAUUUUAUACUACUUCAAGUUAAUUUUCUUAAUAUUCUAAAAGUAUUCUCAAACACACAUCAAGCGGAGAUGAAUGUGAACGUUUGUUCUGUUAUACUUUCUUGGAAUUAAUUAUUUUUUGCGAAAAUGCAUACGACCCACUGAAGAAAGACAUCAUUUUAGGUAUCAUCGGCAGUGAACUGGAAGAAGCGAAUGGCCAAAGAAGCGGAUCUUGAGCUUAGCGACGAAGGGUAUGCUGGUAUAUUAUUUAUAACCUAGAGAACACAAAUUAGGUCUUUAAAAACAUAUUUUGGGAAACUUAGGUGAUAAACAUACUAAGGAAACAAAAUUUUAAAGUGAUAACAGAAUGUUAUGAAUUUUAAAAGUUACAAGAUUCAUUAGGUAUGAGCUAUGUAGUAAAUAAAGAUAAAAUUAGGUAAUAAGUUACUGAUUUUUUUGACCAUGUUUUUAAAAUUUUAUAAAAAUAUACGAAAAACUAUUAAGAAAACCAAUUUACGUAAAUAUUAUAAUAAGGAAAGAAAAUUCGGGGCUCAUUAAUCAUGGUAAUAUAUUCUUGUAGGGAAGAAGAUACCGAGAGUGAUGAGGCCAACAAGAAACGCCUGAAGAAGGCGGCCGAAAAGGCGCUCAAGGCAGCGUUGGCGCACCCAUUGCCUAAAACAUCAUUAGCAUGA